AUGCUCAACACCAGUGCUGCCCUCCAAGGGGGUAAGAUGUCUCGAGAAGAGUUCCGACGACAAAAAGAUCUCGACGCGGCUCGUAAAGCCGGUACAGCCCCAGCUGCAGUCGACGAAGAAGGAAACGCUAUCAAUCCCCAUAUUCCAGAAUACAUCACCAAAGCGCCCUGGUAUGCCGAUACUGGUAAACCAUCAUUGGCACAUCAACGUAUUGGUAAAAGCGAUGGACCUGCUCUAAAGCUAGAUGAAUGGUAUGAAAGAGGUCAGACGGCAGGACCGGCAGCAAAGAAAUAUCGUAAAGGUGCAUGUGAGAAUUGUGGAGCGAUGACACACAAGAAGAAAGAUUGUUUAGAAAGACCUCGUAAGAAGGGAGCCAAAUUUACCAAUAAGGAUAUAGCUCCUGACGAGGUGAUUCAGAAUUUCCAAAGUGAUUACGAUUCAAAGAGAGAUAGGUGGAAUGGAUAUGAUCCAUCAUCAUAUAAGAACAUAGUAGAUGAAUAUGAAGCUACUGAAGCUGCCAGAAAGAAAUACCGAGAAGAAGAAAUUGAUAAUCAAACUUCAACUGCAGACAUGUCAACGGCCAAGAAAUUAGCAAAGAAAGAAAAGAAGGAGAAUGGAGGUGGCGGAGACGAUGAUGAUUUCGGUUCGAGUGAUGAGGAUGAAGAUGAUGAAGAUAAAUAUGCAGAGGCUGCUGAUCAGAUUGGACAAAAGCUGGAUACGAAAACUAGAAUUACUGUGAGAAACUUGCGUAUCAGGGAAGAUACAGCAAAGUAUCUACAUAAUUUAGAUGCGGAAUCGGCAUACUACGAUCCAAAGACUAGAUCGAUGAGAGAUGCUCCUAUACAAGGUAUGGCUCCGGAGGAUAUGAAAUUCGCAGGAGACAAUUUCCAGCGAUACUCAGGAGACGCAACCAAUAUACAGAAACUACAGAUGUUCGCCUGGCAAUCUUCUCAACGUGGGCACAACGUUCAUAUGCUUGCUAAUCCGACGGCUGGUGAACUGUUACACAAAGAAUUCCAGGAGAAGAAAGAGGUGCUCAAGGAUACCAACAAAAAUUCGAUCUUAGCUCGAUAUGGUGGUGAGGAGCAUUUGGAGAGAUUGCCCCGGGAGUUAUUGAAUGGUCAAACAGAGGAUUAUGUCGAAUACUCUCGAUCUGGUCAAGUUGUCAAAGGUAGAGAAAGAGCUAUACCGAGAUCCAAGUAUGACGAAGAUGUAUACAUUAACAAUCACACCGCCGUCUGGGGAUCAUAUUACGACCUCUCAAGUGGACAAUGGGGAUAUGGAUGUUGUCAUUCCCUGAUAUCCGGUUCUUACUGUACAGGUGAAGCGGGUAAGACAGCCAACAGUUCAUCAAGUGUAUCAGCUCUAUUAGAAUCUUCAGCAAGGGUAAAAGAGAUUGAAGAAAAGGCCGAGAAAGAGAGGAAAUCAUUGGCAGAACAACAUCUUGAAGAUCUAGCUUCGGGCAAGAAAGAUAAAGGCAAAGAAAGAGAGGCACCAAAAUAUGGUAGUAGACCCGAUGAUUUGUUGGAUGACGAUAAAGUAGAUUUGGAUAAAGAGAAAUUGAGAAAAGCUCUGGAGCAGGAAAAGAAGAGGAAAGGUUUGAAUGAAAAUGAUGCUUGGGAACAAAAUAAGAAAUCGAAAACUGAUGUUACUCAGGAAGAAAUGGAGGCAUACAGGUUAUCAAGACAGGGAUACGAAGAUCCAAUGGCGAAUUACAAAGAUACGGGUGGUUAUGAUCUGGUUUAA